CUUCCUCAAACUGUUUUUCCAGAAACCUUGUGAAAUGAGCCACGUGAAAUGAGCCACGCCAGGGACUUUCAGAAGCUUCCAUGCGGGAGAAGUGGGAACCAGAGGCGAUCAAAACGAGAACUGACAGAAAACAUCGGGCUUCCUGUGAAUCUGCUUGAGAAACAUGACCUGUGGCCCGCCUAUGUCACGUACACAUCCCCGCUGGUGAAAAGACUGAUUGAGAAAAGCAAAGCCAGAGACGUGGAACGCUUGCAAACGGCCGAGGAGAGCCGGCCGACAUGCAGGCAGAGAAAGCCUCCCAGCGUCAUCCAGCUGGAAAGGAGAAAGUCCUUCACGUCCUUAGGCAACAUGAUGUUCAAGGACGUGGGGUCAGAGACCACGCUCUCGGCGUGGGGCUCUUUCUCCAUGUCGGACACGGGUCCCCCCGUGGUUCCAGAGCGCACCCGCUUCCACGCGGAUGCUAGGGCAAGUCCCACCGCCGACUACAACAAGAUCAUCUUCUCCCGGAAGCCGAGGAUGAGGGUGCUUCCGUACCGCUCACUGCUGGCCGGCGAGGAGAAACACCCCGACGUUUAA